AUGUCUGUUAACAGGCGGGGACCGACCAUCGCCUCGGGGUCCCGUGAGCGGCGCGGGGAGGACGCGGCCAGCCCGGGGCGCCAGGGGAUCCGGCCCCGCCAGGAGCCCGGGGCAGCGGAGCCCUGGGCACUCGUCCCUGCGAGGAGCAGCGACUGGGUGAGAAAAGCCGUCCCGCCAGGUCUGGUGGUGCUUCAAGAGGACUCCUUAAGUAGAGAAGCAGCUGCUCUGUAUGGGCAUGGCUGCCUGAAUUCAGCACCAUCACGGGCUGCACAAAAGUUAUACAAUCUGCGCAAAACUCUAAGGACCUGGGCUUCAGUGCUGCUCUGUCCAGAAGGACUUUCCAGCUCGUCCCUUGCAACCAUGAUGAAGUCUAGAAGUGUGCAGGUGCUUCUGACUCUGGCAGUUCUGGCCUUCCUUCUGAUCCACUCCCACUUCCUACUCUGCAGCAAAAAUGUCCCUAUGGUAGAAAAACCUUCUCAAGUCCACAUCCUCAUUCUCUCCUCCUGGCGAUCAGGAUCUUCCUUCACUGGACAAAUCUUCAGCCAGCACCCCAGUGUCUUCUACCUGAUGGAACCUGCAUGGCACGUGUGGGUUAAGAUGUACCAGAACAGUGCUGAAGUCUUACACAUGGCAGUGCGGGACCUCGUCAGGUCAGUCUUUCUGUGUGACAUGUCUGUGUUUGAUGCUUACAUGUCUAGCCAGAAGAAGAAGUCUGAUCUGUUUCAGUGGGAGACAAGCCGAGCCUUGUGCUCCCCCCCUGCCUGUCACUCCUUCAACCGCAGGGACAUAAUCCCUGCCAGCAGCUGCAGAACCAUCUGUGGCAAGUACCCCUUCAGCAAGGUGGAGGAAGCCUGUAAGACCUACAGCCAUGUUGCCGUCAAGGAGGUUCGGUUCUUUGACCUCAAAGUUCUCUACCCCCUUCUCACUGAUCCAUCCCUGAACCUCAAAAUCAUUCACUUGGUUCGUGAUCCUCGGGCUGUGUUCCGGUCCCGAGAGAAUACAGUGGCAAACCUGAAACGUGACAGUGACAUUGUUGUGGGCUCCCAGAACACUAAGGGAGAAAUGGGACCCUACAACACAAUGCAAGUAAUCUGCAAAAGCCAAGUUGAGAUUUACAAGGCAGGCAGUCAAGCUGUUCCCAGCUUCCUGAAAGACCGCUACCUGCUGGUUCGCUAUGAAGACAUUGUCAGAGACCCUCUGGCAAGGGCUGCUCAGAUGUACAGGUUUGCAGAACUCCACUUCACACCAGAACUUCAGAAGUGGGUGCACAACAUCACCCAUGGGAAAGGGCAAGGAUCACAGGCUUUUGAUAUUGGGUCCAGAGAUGCACUGAGAGUAUCCCAGGCCUGGAGAACCACUCUUCCCUUCCAGAAAAUAGAAAAAGUGCAAAAUGUGUGCAAGGAUGCAAUGGACUUGCUGGGCUACCGGCUUGUUCAAUCAGAAGAAGAGCAAAAAAAUAUGUCACUAGAUCUCCUGUUUACCCAGAUCUCCUCUGAUGAGCUGAAGAGGCGUUUGAAGGCUGAGAGAAAAACGGCUGAAAAAGAGGCAAAGCAGAAAGAGCAAAGUGAAAAGCAUUCAAGUAAGCCCUCCUUGGCUUCUGACUCCGAGAACAGCACUGGUUUGGAUGAAGAAAGCUUGGAUCCAAAUCAAUACUACAAGAUCCGUAGCCAUGCGAUCCAGCAGCUGAAGGGCACCAAUGAAGAUCCUUAUCCCCACAAGUUCCAUGUAGACAUAUCUCUCUCAGAUUUCAUAGAGAAGUACAGCCACCUGCAGCCAGGAGAUCACCUGACAGAUGUUACAGUGCAAGUGGCAGGCCGAAUCCACGCGAAGCGUGCCUCUGGGGGGAAGCUGAUCUUCUACGAUCUUCGUGGAGAAGGAGUCAAGUUGCAGGUCAUGGCAAACUCCAAGCUCUACAAAUCUGAGGAAGAGUAUUUCCGUAUUAACAACAAGCUGCGUCGUGGGGACAUUAUUGGUGUAAAGGGGAAUCCUGGGAAAACAAAGAAAGGGGAACUGAGCAUUAUUCCUUAUGAAAUAACUCUUUUGUCUCCAUGCCUGCACAUGUUGCCUCAUCUUCACUUUGGCCUCAAAGAUAAGGAAACUAGGUAUCGUCAGAGAUACUUGGAUUUAAUUCUUAAUGAUUACGUGAGGCAGAAAUUUAUAACCCGUGCAAAGAUCAUUACCUACAUCCGAAGCUUUCUGGAUGAGUUGGGCUUCCUUGAGAUUGAAACUCCUAUGAUGAAUGUAAUUCCAGGUGGAGCUGUGGCAAGACCUUUUAUCACGUACCACAAUGAACUGGAUAUGAACUUAUAUAUGAGAAUUGCUCCAGAGCUUUACCAUAAGAUGUUGGUGGUUGGAGGCUUGGACAGAGUGUAUGAAAUCGGACGUCAGUUCCGGAAUGAAGGAAUUGAUUUGACUCACAACCCUGAGUUCACAACUUGUGAGUUCUAUAUGGCUUAUGCAGACUACCAUGACUUGAUGGAAAUUACAGAGAAGUUGCUUUCAGGGAUGGUGAAACAUAUUACUGGAAGUUACAAGAUCACUUACCAUCCAGAUGGUCAAGAUGGACAGGCCUAUGAGAUAGACUUUACCCCUCCCUUCCGGCGGAUUAGCAUGGUGUGUGAUCUGGAAAAGGUCCUGGGAGUGAAGUUUCCAUCAGCUGAGUGUUUUGAAACCGAAGAAACUCGCAAGUUCUUUGAUGCCCUUUGUGCAGAGAGAAACGUUGAGUGUCCACCUCCCAGGACAACAGCCAGGCUUCUUGACAGAUUAGUUGGUGAAUUCCUUGAAGUGACUUGCAUCAACCCUACAUUCAUCUGUGAUCACCCACAGAUCAUGAGUCCUCUGGCCAAGUGGCAUCGCUCUCACCAGGGGCUGACAGAGCGCUUUGAGCUCUUUGUGAUGAAGAAGGAGGUGUGCAAUGCCUACACAGAGCUCAACGAUCCUUUCCGGCAGCGGCAGCUUUUUGAGGACCAGGCCAAGGCCAAAGCUGCAGGUGAUGAUGAAGCCAUGUUUAUUGAUGAAAACUUCUGCACUGCGCUGGAGUAUGGCCUUCCUCCUACGGCUGGCUGGGGCAUGGGCAUCGACCGCAUCACCAUGUUCCUCACAGAUUCCACCAACAUCAAGGAGGUGCUGCUGUUCCCCGCCAUGAAGCCGGAGGACAACAAGAAGGAGGCGCAGCCCGGGCCCCCGGCCGAAGGCACCUCCGUGUGA